GCCUCCCCGUGUGGUCCAGCGGGGGAGGUACCUUGUGUUUCUCUUGUCUCUUGGCCAGCUUGACUCGGUCUCUGAGUGUCUGUCUCCAAAUCUCAUAUAUGUAUCUGUCUUCUGUGAACUCUCCCUGUGCAUCCCACCUAUCCUGCGUCUCUCUCCGAACUUAGUUCUCCUGUUUCUGCACUUCUCACCUCUCUCUCUGAAGUUCUCUGUCCUAUUUUCCGUCCUUUCACUCUGAUCCCUCACUUUUUUCACCUUCCUAGGAAGCCAUCUUCCUCUCUUAUCCUCCUUGGGUCCCCCAGAUCUCCGGUUUCUAUCUCCUGCAGGGCGGACGAGGAGGUCUAGUAUUUGCUGCUUCUGCUUGCGCUCCUCCAGCGACUUUGGCUCGCAGGCGCCCCCGUGUGGCCAACAUGGAGUACUGGAUGGCGGCGAGGGUGAGCGCCCAAGCAAGACUUGCUGAGGUGUAGCACGAGACAUUCAGAGGUGGUGCGACCUACGCCAAAUGUGAGGGCACGCCUCAGAGGUGGUGUGGAACGCCAGGAGAUGACGUGUGACUGUGUGACAAGCCAUGUCCAACAACAUGGCCAAGAUCGCUGAGGCCCGCAAGACGGUGGAGCAACUGAAGCUGGAGGUGAACAUCGAUCGCAUGAAGGUGUCGCAGGCGGCAGCCGAGCUAUUGGCUUUCUGCGAAACGCACGCUAAGGAUGAUCCACUGGUGACUCCUGUCCCCGCCGCCGAGAAUCCCUUCCGCGACAAACGACUCUUUUGCACCCUGCUCUGAGCCCCCAAGACAGUUUUAUCCUCCCCCGCAGAAAUAUGAAUCCAAUAAACUUGGUGACUUGGUGGUGCCUGCA